AGUGACGUAGAAAUUGCAAUGACAGUGAUCUAAAAAUACCGUGGACGCGUAGCGCGCGGCGUCUCGGGCGUCGCGGCGUGCUGGACCGCCAGUCGAGGAGCAACCGUCGCGAGUGAUAGUCGAACGAGCGCAAGUGCAGCAACCAUGGUUUACGAGAGUGACUUCUACACGACCCGCCGGCCCUACAGGUCCAGCUACAGCGUAACGCCUCUGACCUCGGUGUACUAUCUGUCGUCACUUCUCCCGUACUAUCACAUCCCGUACAUCGACUACAUACCGAAGUUGUCUCAGGCUGAGCUGAUCUACCGUCCGACUUCCCGCUCGGUGACCCGACUCGUCACUUACCCGGAGCCACCCCACCACGUGGUGCGCGUGCGCGUGCGUCCCUCCGUCAUCCUUCGGGAGCUGGACCGCAUCGCGUACCGCCGUCGCCCGGCUCUCGCCGUAUCGGCUGUCGACGACUUCUUCCGAUCUGAAGCCACUAAGGCGUUCGAAGAUGAAACUCGCCGUAUCCGCGCCGAUACUGCUGCGCUGAUCCAUCGCGCACGUUCCGUCGUGCCUCGCGCCAAGUCCGUCGCUCCCCUUGAAACCAUCUACUCAUACUCGUACGGAGAGCCCGUCCCGUACCGUUUCAGCAAUGAUGCUUACGUCGCCAAGCUAUUGGUGCCCCUGCGCAGCGUCACCAACGACAUCCACAACAUCUCUUUCUACCCUGAGCCGGCUAAGAAGUUCACCGGACGCGGUCACCUCGCAGCCGUGCACUACUCCGGUAAAAAGGCCUUUUCCAACCGUAGGCCUCUCUACAAGGAACUCAGCAUCAGGGAUGACGUGAACCUUCUCUCUUUCUAUGCGAAGAACAGGCUCGCGGCCGCCGGGCUGGCUAUCGAGAACGCCACAGUGAAACUGCUACCAUGGAGGCCAAGCCGCAAGUUCCAGGCACCGCAAAUGAUGGAAGACCCAGCCUUGGAAUUGAAGGCCGCGAAAGCUGAACGUGCUGCCAGAUUCCGCGCUACUACUGCCGAACCUGUCUUGGCUCCGGCGGCUGACUUAGCUGAGAUCAAGAGGAAGAGGCAGGAGGAAGCUCGUGCGGCAGAAGAGAAGUUAAUUGCUUCCAGGGCUUUGAAGGAAGAAGCGAAACGUGAAGCUGAGCGCAAGGCUCAAGCCGAACGUGAAGCUGCUGAGAAAAAACAAGCAGAAGAAGAAGCACGGAAGGUUGAAGAAGCCAAACGCAAAGCAGAAGAAGAGGCCAGGAAAGCUGAGGAAGAAGCUCGUAAAGCUGAAGAGGCUCGCCUGGCGGAGGAAGCUCGGAAGGCUGAGGAAGCAAGGCUUGCCGAAGAGGCUCGCAAAGCUGAAGAAGAACGAUUGGCCGAGGAAGCCAAGAAAGCUGAGGAAGCCCGCUUGGCUGAGGAGGCCAGGUUAGCCGAAGAAGCUAGAUUGGCUGAGGAGGUAAAAUUAGCCGAGGAAGCUAGGCUAGCGGAAGAGGCCAAAUUAGCUGAAGAAGCUAGGUUAGAAGAAGAGAGGCAGGCUGAACAAAGGCGACAGGAAGAACUCGCACGUCUGGAAGAAUUAGAAAAACAGGCACAGGAAGAGCGCGAAGCGGAACUUGCUAGACAGGCUGCUGAACUGGCAGAAAUCGCGAGACAAGAAUCCGAGUUGGCCGCCGCGCGUCUGGAGGAGUUGUCACAGAGCGGCUCUGCUGCCGAUCUACCUGCUGAAGCUAGCGCUGACGAGCCACAACCUAUCGUUGAGGAACCUGAAACUCCUGAAGCCGUCCCUGAGACACCGGUAGAGCCUGAACUGGUUAACGAUGAAGAAGCUGAAGCCAGCGAAGAUGAGAAAGCAGAACCCGACCUCACAGACGAGGAAUAAACUAACAAACUAUUCUAUGGGAUAUAUUCUAGGGAUCCACUGGUAUCAGCAAAUAAAAUUCUUGUGUUGGAAUAAAUAUACCUGCACAAGAUCAAAAUAUUAAAUAUAGAAAAGAAAUUAAGUCAUUAUUUGGAAAAAAAAUAUUUAAUCAUACUCAACUUCUAGUCGAGCAUGUCGUUGGGUUCAUUGAAACCUCCAAGAAAAUUCUAAACAGUAAACAUAUAACUAUUAUGCUGCCAAUGGAUCAAUCAAUAAGUCAUGCAUUUUCUAUCACUUCAUAUAAUAUUUUGCUAGAUGUCAUUCAUGAUAAUUUUAAUGGCGCACACGCAUGAAUGACGUAUUAGCUACAUGGUGGUUUACUUAUACCCAUCACUUUCUUUUGCGUAAUCAAAUUACGUGACUACGAAAGAAUUAAUCCUUCUAUGUUGUGAACUCACCAUUGUUAACUUAUUUUUAACUAAAAUCUUAUAUGUAAGUUUAAGUGUUUCAUAAUGUUAUAUUUUGUUAAAUUUUAACAAUAAAAGACAACAUUAACAA